AUAAAGUGAGUCUUAUCACCUCAACAGCCUAAAAAUUGUGAUUAGAGAUCUUUGUAAAAUAUUAUUACAUCAAGAUUCUUUUAUAUAUAUAUAUAUAUAUAUAUAUUACUGUUUUCCCCCAUCAUCUUGCUGAACCAACCUUUCUCUCCGGCUCUCAUGGACUGCUUAGAGAGCUCAAAAAUCCCAUCCCCACCCCAAAAUGUCCAAAACCCUUGUAGAGAAAAUGGGGAGGAAAGAGAUAGCUUGAAGGUUCCAGAAAGAGUAGAAGUGAAGAGCCAUGGAAAGAGGUUCCUAGGAGUGAGACAAAGGCCAUCAGGAAGAUGGGUUGCUGAAAUCAAGGACUCCUCCCAGAAGCUGAGGCUGUGGUUAGGGACUUUUGACAGACCAGAAGAGGCUGCCAUGGCUUAUGAUAAAGCUGCAAGGCUUUUGAGAGGAAGAAACACGAAGACCAAUUUCCCAUCCCAAAAUUAUAUGAAUACCCUUGAAGAAAAUUGCAGAAUAUUGGGAAAAAAUCCGAGGGUUUAUGACCUUCUUCGACAUGCAGCAAUAAAGAACCAUGCAGCAAGAUCCUCAUCUUCCAAUAUUCUUCCAUGGAAGAUUAUUGGGAAAGAAGAUCGGUCUGUUUCAAUCGAUUUCGAUGCUGGGGUUGAAGAAACUAUAGUUUGUACUUCUUCGUCGAAUGACGUAGAAGGAUUGAAGAAGUACUGUUAUGGAGCUGAAAAGCUGCAAGAGCAAAACAAGCUUUGUGCACUUUCAUUUGGGAGUUCAAAGGUCUAUUCUUCUGUUGUAGUCGCUCCUUCUUUCAGUGCUUCUUCUCAAUGUCAAAGUUGGAUUCAGGAAAGCUAAAAGAAAAUAAAAAGACAAAGGCCUUGUCCACUUCUCAUUCUCUAUGCGCUAAAAUAAAGAUACAAUUAAAGAUGUGAGGGUUUUGCUUGUAAUUUUCUUUUUUUUCCCCCUAUUGUAACUUGCUUGUAAUAUUAUAGUUUUAGCUAAUUAAUGAGAUGUUCUUCAAUCUUGUAAA